AUGUCGUCUGUUGGUGGAAAACUAUGUACUAAUGAGGCUUCGAAUCACAAAGAGGAAACCUGCAAUGUUGUCAUUUUUGGAGAGACGGGCGCUGGUAAAAGCUCCUUGAUCAAUUUGGUCGCUGGGACGCGAACGGUGUCCUGCACCGCUGUGGGAUAUACGACUGAAACAAAUGUAUACGACAUUUCAAUUCCGAGUCAGAACGAGACCUUGAAGGUAAAACUUUUCGAUACAGUCGGUCUCGGCAAGGGUUUUGAAGGAGAAGUCUCUGAUAAGGACGCUCGAAGAGCUCUGAAAACGCUCCUUCGAGAUCUUAUGAAGCAAACUGACAUCCAUCUCCUCAUGUACUGUGUACGGGGUGCGAGAAUGACGAAGGCGCUCUAUCGCAACUACAAUUUAAUCCGCUCAGAAGUGAAGGAGAGAGUUCCAAUCGUUCUUGUUGUCACGAAUUUAGAAGACAAGGAACCAGAAAUGGAAGAAUGGUGGAGGGAUAACGUGCGAUCCAUCUCAGACUUGGGGAUGGCCUUUGCUGGCCACGCAUGUGUCACCACAGCUACUAUCGACAAAUAUGCAGGGGAUGAGCUCGAGCGGCGCCACAAACAGUCGUACCACGCCGUCUGUCAACUUAUCGAGAAGUGUCGCUCAAAAGGGGGUCAACGUCAUCCGUUGGAUGCCAGCGAAAGGCAACACACUAUUCGACAGGUAUCUCCUAAAAUGGCCGCGAGCAAGAACAGGCAAAAAACUAUCGUACUCUUUGGGGAAACGGGAGCAGGAAAAAGCUCACUCGUCAACCUCAUGGCGGGAGAGGAGGUAGCACGUACAUCUCCUGACACGCAACGUUGUGCAAUGCAGUGGAAAGAGUAUACCAUCGACUUCGAUGGUGACCCGUAUACGGUUUUCGAAACCAUCGGGCUCGACGAAUCGCAGCUGGAAAUCAAAGCGUACCUCGAAUCUGUCGAAAAUGCCUAUAAGCUCGUCAGGGAAUUGGAUAGGCGAGGCGGCAUCGAUCUCCUUCUAUUCUGCGUUCGCGCCGGCAAAAUCACUACUACGCUUCAAGGCAAUUACUGGCUCUUUCACGAAUUCCUCUGCAAGAAGGAGGUUCCCAUUGUUCUCGCCGUCACAAACCUUGAAAGAGAACAAAGGAUGGAGGACUGGUGGCAGAGAAAUGAGGGCACCUUCAACAAGUAUCAGAUAAAGGUCGCCGGUCAUGCGUGCAUCACCGCUGCCAAUAGAUCGGACGACAGACACAAAGGCCUUUAUAAAGAAUCGCGCAUCACGAUCCGCAACCUCGUCAAGACUUUCACUGCUGACAGGCAGAAGCAGGCAUGGAUGAGAGGGCACAGCCUGCUCGUGUCGUUGAUGCGCAAGCUGAAGGAGUUACUUACAGGGGGUUCGAGUGUGAGAAGUUGUCAGGAGAAAUGA